UAUGUAUAUAUAUAGAUGCAUCGAUAUGGUUUAUGUUACACGCACAACACACACUAAAUUGCCAGUGAGAGACGUACUUUAUGAGAAAUAAUUUCUUAAUUAAUGAAUGAAUGAGAGAGAGAGAGAGAGAGGGAGAGGAACUGAAAAGGAAAAUUGUAAAGAGAGCCGCAUUAUUAUUAUCGUAAGGCGGCACCAAGUAUUACAAAACCCCAAUGCAAUUAGACGAGUACUCAGAACGCAAAGAUAAUCUGCAAUGGCGGCCGAGAGGACCCGGAGAAAGCUGCUGCUUCAUGAAAAAGUUGAGGUGAGAAGUGUUGAAGAUGGGUUUCUUGGUUCAUGGCACGCUGGUAGAGUAAUUGGUUGUGAAGAUUUGGCUCGUGUAGUUCAGUAUGAUCACCUUCUCAAUGACGAAGGCUCUUGUAAUCUGACUGAACAUGUGGAGGUCAGUCCUGUAAUUGAUGGGUAUGGCAGUGGUGAAAUUGAGGUGUCCAAUAAUUACCGGGGCCUGAUAAGGCCUUCGCCACCUUCCUGUGUUCUGGGGCCAUGGUGUCUACACUAUGGACAAUGCGUCGACUUGUUUUAUGAGGAUGCCUGGUGGGAAGGUGUAAUAUUUGAUCAUGAAGAUGGAUGCGAACAACGGAGGAUUUUCUUUCCGGACAUGGGUGAUGAAAUGGAAGCCCGGAUUGACAAGCUGCGACCAAGUAAAGAUUGGGAUGAGGUUACUGAGGAAUGGAAACCUCGUGGAAACUGGUUGUUUCUUGAACUGAUUGAGGAAGUUGAGCAAGACUGGCCUUUGCCUGUCUCUGUGAAGCAAAUUUGGUAUGAAGUGAGGAUGAAGAAUGGCUUUGAAAAACUGAAGGAGUGGACUUCUUCUGGAAGGUAUAUUUGGAGAGAAUUAUUGUUGCAGGUGUUAUUUGAUAAUCUUAGGAUAACUGUUAAGCAGCUCUUCACAGAAUUGAAUUCUUCAUGGGACUCAGCAGAACUUGGACAACCAUUGCUGGAAUUUUCUGAAACAGCUUUUGAUGAUGUUGUGAAAACUGAAGGACUUUUUCAUAAUUCUCUGGAAGUUGUACCCUUUGAAGCUACUUCCCAGUUGGAUGGUGAAGGAAUUCUUCCGACUGAUCUAAAUGAUAAAAGCCAUCAUCAGGUUCAAGAAAAUAAUGACCGGGUUCCUAUUUCAACCAUGCUCACCGAUGAGCGAGCUCUAUCCGUUUCUAAUCUUCCGUUGCCACUUUUAUCUCAUAAUCGAGAUGAAGAUUCUGGAAUUGGUUCCAAUAUUUAUGAUGAAGCUCCUGGUACGAGCUUUAAAUUGCCAAACAUGGAGCGCAGGAUUUCAACACAGAGAAAGAAACUUGAGUGGCAGCCAGCUGUACCUGAAUUAAUUCCUGGAGCUGAGUUUUGCCCUGAUGCUAUUGAUGAGAUUAAUAAGAUGUUUAGGUUGAAUAAGAGGCCUCCAAGUACAGUAACGUUGAAUGCUAGGAAGCAUCUAUUGCAUUUGGACUGGAAAAUUGAAUUCGCAAAGGACAAGGGGAACCAUAGAAUACGUUAUCUUUCCCCUGAGGGAGAAUUGUUUUAUUCACUUUGUCAGGUUUGUCUGAAGUUUGACCAUGUACAUCAGGAGUUGGGGCCUGGUUCUCAAAUGCUCAUGAGCCAAAUUCCUGUCUGUUCACCUGGAGAAAUGCUCUCAACUCCAUUUGGUGGAAUGUCUCAAUCUUCCACUGAGUUGCCCGAGUUGUACAUUACUGAUGAGCCUGUUAUUGAACCUGAAUAUUGCCCUGAAGCAGUGAGGGAUUAUUACUUACUCAGCCUAGAGGAUAAACACUUCCAUCGUGGCUUAAGUACAGAGGUGAAAUGGAGAGCCCUUAAAGCGAAGAAACACUUAUCUUUUAUUGGGUGGUCUUUUUAUUACUUCCCAAGAGGAGAAAAGAGGGAAAUGCGGUAUAGCUCCCCAAGUGGAAAAGUGUUUUACUCUCUUCUUUCAGCCUGCAGAUGGUCUAUAGAAGCUGGUGCACUCACUUCCACUAAUCUCUCUACUACCUUAGGAAGAAUGGGAAAUGUAACUAUGAUCAAGGAUUUUGGUGACCCUUUGUCCAUCGAGAAAUCACAACUUCCAUUUCUUGCACUGGAAUCCCCAGGAAUUUCUGCUUUAGUGAAUGACAAAUCUGAGAAUCUACCAAAGGAGUCAUCUGACAUGUCAAAGAGUCUUGUUCAAUCAAUUGAAGGUGAAGUUUGUAAACGCAGAAUUUCAAGGAAGAGGAGGAAGCUUAAUAAAUCACAUCGUACUGAAGUUUCAUCAUUGCCAAAGAGGGGGAGGAAACCCUGUGUAUCAAUGAAAGUGAAAGGAGCUAUGUAUGCUGAUUCUUCAACCCCUGUGCGGCGAUCAAGUAAAAGAGCUCGGGAAAUGGUUGCUUCUUCCUCGCAGCAAGCUCCUCGAACGGUCUUGUCUUGGUUGAUUGACAACAAUGUGAUUUUGCCAAGAGCAAAAGUUCAUUAUCGUGGUAGAAAAAAUGGUCAUCCAAUGGCAGAAGGCCGAAUAGCUCGUGAGGGAAUAAAAUGUAGUUGUUGCGGAGUAAUCUUUAGUCUUAGUAACUUUGAAGCACAUGCUGGUAGCACCAAUCGCAGCCCUUCAGCUAAUAUUUUCGUGGAGGAUGGCAGAUCUUUGCUGGAGUGCCAGCUGCAACUGAAACAGCAAAAGACCAACAGAUGUUCAAGGUCAGAAUCACGUGAAAUUAAGGGAAGCCGGCGCAAUAGGAAAAAUGACUAUAUAUGUUCUGUCUGUCACUAUGGAGGUGAGCUAGUUCUGUGUGAUCAGUGUCCAUCCUCAUUUCAUACUCACUGCCUUGGUUUAAAGGAGGUUCCUGAUGGUGAUUGGUUCUGCCCAUUGUGCUGUUGUCAAAUUUGUGGCCAGAAUGGAUUUGAUAAAAAAAAUGGACUGGUCACUGGCUCUUUUGUUCUUAUUUGUGGUCAGUGUGAGCACCAAUAUCAUGCUGAGUGCCUCAGAAAGAAGGGAAUUAAAACUCCAGAUUGCUAUCCUGAAGGAUAUUGGUUCUGCGAUGACACAUGUAGACAGAUAUUUUCUGGUCUGCACAAGAUUCUGGGAAAACCAUUUCCUGUGGGGACUGAGGGUUUGACUUGGACUUUGGUGAAAUACAUAAAAUCUGAUUCUGUUGACCAGGAUGCAUCUGAUGAUGAGCCUGCAAUGGAGAGUUACAGCAAGCUUAAUGUUGCUCUUAGUGUGAUGCAUGAAUGUUUCGAACCUGUCAAAGAGCCUAGCACCAGAAGGGAUCUGGUUGAAGAUGUUAUUUUUAGUAGAUGGUCAGAGCUAAAUCGUUUAAACUUUCAAGGGUUCUAUACAGUACUAUUGGAGAAGAAUGAUGAAUUGAUUUCAGCAGCUACUGUGAGGAUAUAUGGCAAAAGAGUGGCAGAAGUCCCUCUGGUUGCAACACGGUUUCAAUAUCGUCGGCUUGGGAUGUGUCGUAUUUUAAUGAAUGAACUUGAGAAGAAACUCUUGGAAUUAGGAGUAGAGAGGCUUGUUUUGCCAGCAGUUCCUAGUGUACUGAACACAUGGACUACUUCAUUUGGAUUCUCUGUGAUGACUGAAUCAGAGAGAUUAAACUUUCUGGACUAUACCUUUCUAGACUUCCAGGGCACAGUAAUUUGCCAGAAGGUCUUAAUGAACAAUCUUUCCUCAACAUCAAGCAUAUCUACAGGAACACAGGCAAAUAGUUGCGACCAUGAGAACAAAAAUGUCAUCACUGAGUUAGAUGGAAACAGUACAGUGUCUGAAGUGUUUCAAGGGGAUCAAGUAGAGGAGGCCGACAUUAUGGAGCAAGGAUCUACAUGCAUGGCAACUGGUUUGGACAACAUUGGCAGUUGCCCGGCUCAAUUGGAACUUGUGAUGGAUCAACCGACACUUUCCAACUGUUUACCAUUCCAGACCAAGAUCUCAAUCGAAUGCCCCGUGGGAGUCUCCAACGACAAGCAAGCUGAAGACAACAGUGAAGGACUUCUCAAAUGCUACAAGCGAAGGAGAAUAUCAGCCUGUUGAGGUCAGUCCUUGCGAGAAAGUACUCAAUAAAAAGACACCUUACUCAGGCAGAUGAAUCUUAAGUUUUUUGUCCAGAACUCCAUCCUUUUCCUUGUACACCGGCAUAAUUCCGGGUAGUAGCUGAGUAGCCUUCGAAAGCUCGUGUUUGUUUCCAUGUACAGAUGACUAGCU